AUGGAAAGUUUAUGAUCAGAAUGAUCUAAAAGCUAAAUUCUAUCCUCUGUUCCAGAUCUAAAAGUACAGGAGUUUAGAAGCUGAGGACUAAAAGCUCAUGGACUGAUACAGCUCUGCUCACAGCAGGAGCAGUCCUACAGGAUGGAAGGUGAUCCACAAGUGUUGGAGGACGAUCCAGAUCAAAAAGAUCAAAUCAGUCCUGUCCAGACCACCACAACCCAGAACCCCACAGCUCCCAGUGAACUGGUCCAGACCACCACAACCCAGAACCCCACAGCUCCCAGUGAACUGGUCCAGAACCCCACAGCUCAGACUGGAGGGAAUGUCAUUGCACCUGUUCUACAUGGAAAUGUGUUUAAUGGACCAGUUCAUAUUCACACUGGAGCUGAAUCUCAGCAUGAAGGUGGAGCAGGUGGAGGACAGGUAAUGAGUGAGAGUUCAGCAGCCUCUUCUACUACACUGACUGCAGAUAAAAUGCAAUUAAAACUAAAAGAGGAGUUUAAGAAGAAAUUUGCAAACCUUUAUGAAGGGACGUCACAGGAAGGGGAUUAUGCUCCUCUGAAAGACAUUUUUACUGAACUCUAUGUGAUUAAAGGAUGCACAGGAGGAGUAAACGCUCAGCAUGAAAUGAGAAAGAUGGAAGGAUUUUAUCCCGAACCAGGAGAAACAUCAGUCAACUUCAGUGAAAUUUUUAAAGUGAAAGAAGAAAAUAAGUCUGGUACAAAAGUUCUUACACUGGGAAUUGCUGGCGUAGGUAAAACAGUCUCUGUACACAAGUUUAUUCUGGACUGGGCUGAGGAAAGGCACAACCAGGAUUUAGAUUUCAUUCUGUUUCUUCCCUUUCGGGAGCUGAAUUUGAUUAAAGAGAAUUCCCUCAGGCUUUCAGAUCUUUUACAAUAUUUUCACCCUGAACUCUACAUAGAAGAUGUAAUGGAGAUUUUAAAAGGUAAGUACACUGUAGCUUUGAUUCUAGAUGGACUGGAUGAAAGCAAGAUUCCUCUAAACUUCAAUCAAGAGAAAGUAUUAAAUGCACAAGCGAAGAUCUCUCUGAAUAAACUGCUAACAGGCAUCAUUAAAGGAGAGCUGCUUCCCACUGCUGUUAUUUGGAUAACUUCUCGACCUGCAGCAGCCAAUCAGAUCCCACGUAAAUACUUCCUGAUCAUUACAGAAAUCCGUGGAUUCAAUGACUCACAGAAGGAGGAGUACUUCAGAAAGAGAAUCCAAAACCAGGAUGAAGCCAGCAGAAUCAUUUCACAUAUCAAAGCCGCAAGAAGUCUUCAUAUCUUGUGUCACAUUCCAGUCUUCUGCCGGAUCUCAGUCUCUGUUCUUCAGGAAAUGAUUAAGAAAGACAAAGAGAUGGAAAAUGCUCCCACAACUCUUACAGAAAUGUACAUUCGUUUCCUGAUCUUUCACACAAGACAGAAGAGUGAGAAAUACAACCCAGAACAGAACGUGGAUGGUGCAGUUCCAUCAUCUAAGAGAGAAAAAAUGGAAGCAGAGAGUGUACUGAAACUGGCAAAAUUAGCCUUUCUUCAGCUACAAAAAGAACAGCUCAUAUUCUAUGAGGAAGAUCUGAAAGAGUGUGAUAUUGAGGUAGAAGAAGCCGUAGUGCACUCUGGAGUCUGUACCCAGAUCUUUAAAAAGGAUGAGAAGUUCUACAGCUUUGUACAUUUGAGUUUCCAGGAGUUCCUCGCUGCUGUGUUUGUUUUCAUCACAUCCAGUGAUGAAAGUAAUCCACUCUUCCAGACCUGGUGGGAGAAAAUAAAAUGGAGGUAUGAACACACACUGGAUAAUCUUCUGAAGACAGCUGUGGAGAAAGCCAUGAAGAGUAAAAAUGGACACCUGGAUCUUUUCCUCCGCUUCCUCUUUGGCCUCACUCUGGAGUCCAAUCAGAGGCUCCUCAAGAGUCUACAGCCAGAAAUAGAGAUAAACAAAGAGGAUCUGAAGGGGACUAUAGGCUACAUUAAGAGAAAACUCAAAAAGAAGAAAUCUUAUGAAAAGACCAUCAAUCUCUUCCACUGUCUAAGUGAAAUGAAAGACACCUCACUCACAGGAGAAAUCCAGAACUUCCUGAACUCAGGAACACUCUCAACACAGGAACUCUCAUCCACACAGUGGUCAGCUCUGGUAUUUGUGCUGAUGAUGUCAGAGGAGACUCUGGAGAAGUUUGAACUGAAAAAAUACAGAGCAUCAGAAGAAGGACUGAGGAGAUUACUGCCUGUGGUGAAAAACACACGGCGAGCUUUGUUGGAUCACUGCAGUCUCAGUAAAAACGCCUGUGAAACACUGGCAUCAGUACUCAUCUCGGAUUCAGCACUGAUAGAGCUUGACCUCAGUAACAAUGACCUGCAGGAUUCAGGAGUGGAGCUGCUCUCUGCUGGACUGAAGAGUUCACACUGUAAACUACAGAUUCUCAGAUUAUCUGGGUGUAUGAUCACAGAAAAAGGCUGUUCUUCUCUGGCUUCAGCUCUUAAUUCAAACCCCUCCCACCUGAAAGAGCUGGAUCUGACCUACAACCACCCAGGAGAGUCAGGAGAGAAGCUGCUUUCUGCCAGACUGGAGGAUCCACACUGCUCACUGGAGACACUCAGAAUGGAACAUGGAGGCGAAAUAAGAAUCAAACCUGGAUUAAGAAUCUGCGCUCUCUCGGAUAUAUCUUGCUCGUGUGGUAUCUGGCUGUUCUUAAUGUUUCGAGAGCGUCCGCGCUUGCUCAACUUCCCCCUGCGUGCUCGCGGAGCGUUCUCUGCUCGAGCGCCGAGCUUUUCACUGCAACAAAGCUGCCAAAAGUCUCCAGCCAAUCAGACGUUGCAACAGCAGUUGACCAAUUAA